UAGGAGUGAUUCGAAGGAGUUCAACGAGCUGAGUUGAACGACAUUAAAAUUAGCCCUAGUCUCAAUUAUGGGCCGAGAUAUACAUAUGUUGUCGAACUUUGAAAAACCAAAGAGGGAUAAUCCAACAUCAUACACUCCGCCACAUAAUUAUAUGAACACCCCUAAAUAUCACUUUUUACCGUAUUCAUAUGAAGAGCUCGUCGAUCUAAGUCAAAUGACACAAAAUCAGCUUGAUUCGAAGAUUUUUAACAUAAUUCCAAACAACUGA